AUGGCUGACAUUGUUUGGUUGGUUCAGCGCUUUGUCUACCUCUAUAGUCGAUUCAUGGGAGUGCUUAACUUUGAAGUGGACUCGCGCACAGGCCGAGCGAAGUUUACCCGCAGAGCCACGAUCCUGGCGGUGGUACACAAUAUCAGUCUGAUUUGGCUGCUAUCCUUCCAGCUCCUUCACGACGAUACAGCAAUCUGGAAAAUGAACAGGGGCAAGUACCUGCACGAGUACGUCUUCCUGCUGGUGACUGCGGUGCGGCAUUGUGCAGUUCUGGGCACGUUGGUGAGUCGUUGGCGAAACCGUGGCAAAAUCCUGCGCAUUUGGAAUCGAUUAUCCCGCUCGAUUCAAGAGAGGCCUGAACUGAUACCUCUGUUUAGCCGGGAGCUCAUCGUGAAGUUUGUAUUCGCCUUUAUGUCGGACUGUCUGCACAUCGUAUUGGACCUGAACGCGCUUCGAGAGACACCCGGUCCGGCUCUAGCCCUCAAGAUGGGGGUCUGGUGCACAUUCGCAUCCAUAUUCGAUAUGAUCGUGGCCCAGUACUAUACGGCCAUAAUGCAGGUCAAGGCUCACUAUAAACUGAUGGAACGGGAACUCCGUGAGCUGCUGAGGGAGACCCGGACCCUCUGUGGCAACAGCAAUCGACGGGGCGGUGUGUUCGUGACCCAAUGCUGCGCCUUGUCCGAUCGGCUGGAUAGGAUGGCGCAGACGCAGUCUGAGCUGAAAGCGCUGCUCGACAGCAUGUCGGAGAUAUUCCAGAUACAGAUCUUCAGCAUGACCAUCGUCUACUACCUCUCCACCAUGGGCAACAUUUACUUCGCCUUCUGCACGAUUAAGUACAACACUUCCGGACUAGCCGCCUCACACUGGGGACUACUGCUAAUAGUCAUCUCCACCGCCUUCUACUAUGCGGACAACUUUAUAACCAUCUUUAUUGGAUUUUCCAUACUGGACUCCAAUGCAGAAAUGUCAAAAAUACUACAAGAGCGGACAGUGUUUGGCGUGGAAUUGGAUGAGCGCUUGGAGGCAUCGUUUGAGAGCUUUCAAUUGCAGCUGGCACAAAACCCUCUGGAAUUCUAUGUUAUGGGUCUCUUUAAGAUGGAUCGUGGCCGCUUUGUGUCCGUGGCAAACUCUAUUAUAACCCAUUCCAUUCUACUGAUUCAAUGGGAAGUUCAAAACACUUAUACCAGGAUACAAUCAAAUGGAUAA